GGAGGCGGCAGCGCGGCCCGGGAGGGGGGCUGUGCUGGGGGCCGGCGCGUAGCCGGCACUAUGGAGGGACAGAGCGGCCGCUGCAAAAUCGUGGUGGUAGGGGACGCGGAGUGCGGCAAGACGGCGCUGCUGCAGGUGUUCGCCAAGGACGCCUACCCCGGGAGUUAUGUCCCCACCGUGUUUGAGAACUACACCGCGAGCUUUGAGAUCGACAAGCGCCGCAUAGAGCUCAACAUGUGGGACACUUCAGGUUCCUCGUACUAUGAUAACGUCCGGCCCCUGGCCUAUCCUGAUUCAGACGCUGUGCUCAUCUGCUUCGACAUUAGCCGACCAGAAACUCUGGACAGUGUCCUCAAGAAGUGGCAAGGUGAGACUCAGGAGUUUUGCCCCAAUGCCAAGGUUGUGCUGGUUGGCUGUAAACUGGACAUGCGGACCGACCUGGCCACACUGAGGGAGCUGUCCAAGCAGAGGCUUAUCCCUGUCACACAUGAGCAGGGCACUGUGCUGGCCAAGCAGGUAGGGGCCGUGUCCUACGUGGAGUGCUCCUCCCGGUCCUCCGAGCGUAGCGUCAGGGACGUCUUCCACGUGGCCACAGUGGCCUCCCUUGGUCGCGGCCAUCGGCAGCUUCGCCGUACCGACUCACGCCGGGGACUCCAGAGAUCAGCCCAGCUGGCGGGACGGCCAGACCGGGGGACCGUGGCUGAAGGCGAGAUACACAAGGAUCGAGCCAAGAGCUGCAACCUCAUGUGAGGGCCCAGGGUGGGGUGGUGUGAGGGAGGGCACACUUGUUCCCCUGCCUGUACCAGGGUUUCUGACCUCCUCAUUCUGGCUGGGACUUCAGGGCAGGCCUCAUGAGCCAUCCUGAGCAGGGAGCUGCAGGCAGAGGGUGCCAGCAUUCCUCACAUCUUCACCCCCCUCCUCUCUACAGGAAGUUGAGAGAGUAGCAGGGCUGGCAUCUGGGCCGAGAGCUGGAUAGGCAGGGGGUUGGGGAAACUGGCAUCAAGCAGUGACCUUGACUGUCUCAGAAUAUGAAGGGUGCCUUCCCUCCGCCCCUGUGACAUCUCCCAGUCCUGGCUUCCUUCCCUAAGGAAAGUGUCAUGCUUUGACCUUCCCUUUUUCUCUCCUCUCACUUCUCCAGCUGAUCUUAAUCAUUCUAACCUCCAGGCAACAUGCACUAAAUUACAAAGCAAGUUGAGAAGCCCCUCACUGGUCUAUACCCACCAACCCUACCUUCUCCCCUUCCCUCUCCAAUAGUCACCAAUAAAGCCCAUGUCCUUGGGAAAUG